AUGCCGAUUGUGUACCAGGACGCAGGGAUUACCACGCGUGCUGUCUUCCGCGCGGGCGGGCUCCUUCUUGUGUUUGUCGAGGAGCCAGAGGAGGCGUGCAUGGCCGUGCCGCCGGGGACGGCUCUCGAGGACGUCGUGGCGGCGCUCGAGGCCGACUGGUAUGCUUUCCCAGAAAUAUGCGAGGACCUGCACAGGGAGUCCGUGCAGUUGCAGGCGUUCGCGAGGUGGGACGCUGAGCUUAAGUGCGGUAGGAACCGGUGGAUCGAGUUGAAGGACAGGGGUGGAGACGUGCAUCCGGACUGGCUGGUGACGACGUGCGAGUACCGGUUCAGGUGGCCAGGCUCUUGGAAGUGGGACGUACCUGGGGUUUAG